UCGCUGUCUCUCUGCACUGAAGAAUUCUCCGACCAAAAUUUCGGAAUUUCUACAAAUCCGCGGCAGAAAAAAAUGUCAUCUGCAUUCAGCGGCGAUGAAACUGCUCCUUUCUUCGGCUUCCUUGGCGCUGCAGCUGCCCUCGUUUUCUCCUGCAUGGGAGCGGCGUAUGGUACAGCGAAGAGCGGAGUUGGGGUGGCAUCAAUGGGAGUGAUGCGGCCGGAGCUGGUGAUGAAAUCAAUCGUGCCCGUUGUUAUGGCUGGAGUUUUAGGUAUCUAUGGAUUGAUUAUUGCGGUUAUUAUAAGCACUGGUAUUAACCCUAAGGCCAAAUCCUAUUAUCUCUUUGACGGCUAUGCUCACCUCUCCUCCGGUCUUGCUUGUGGUCUCGCUGGUCUUUCUGCCGGCAUGGCGAUUGGAAUCGUGGGUGACGCUGGUGUUAGGGCAAAUGCACAGCAACCAAAGCUCUUUGUCGGAAUGAUUCUUAUUCUCAUCUUUGCUGAGGCGUUGGCUUUGUACGGACUCAUUGUUGGAAUCAUCCUCUCCUCAAGGGCUGGCCAAUCCAGAGCAGAAUAGAGUGCAUGAGACAUGAGUUUAUAGGCAUCAUUCAUCUAUCCUCGAGCAGGUGUUGCAAUAAUUAUUAAGUGUGAAGCAUUGUGAUAAGUUGUUUAUCUUGGACUUGAUCUCUCUCCCAUUUAUCAAUUAUAAUUGAGCGAGUUUGUAUUUGGAAUAAAGCCUGUUUUCACCGUUUUCUUAAUUGUUGUAUUCUACAUAUGUAUGCUCAGCCUAAUGUAAACAGUAGAGACCUUUAUUUUAUGUUUCAUUGAUUUGUUUUAAUGAUUGUGUGUGAUGGUAUUGCUAAGCUUGCUAUGUUCAAAUUUUC